AUGUCGACCACGAGUCCCAUAUGUAAUUAUUAUGUGGAUUCAUUGAUACACCAUGAAAGCGAGGAUGUUCUUGCGGCUCGAUUCUCGGCUCCUGGUUCGCACCCCACCGGCCCUCGUCCGACGUCCCUUGUACCGGAGUGUGGUGACUAUCCCUCCUGCAGCUUUUCCCCGAAACCACCCGUGUUUACUACCUCUUGGGCCCCUGUUCACUCCCAGUCCUCAGUGGUUUACCACCCAUACAGCCACCAACCUCAUUUAGGAACGGACUCAAGGUAUGUACGGUCAUGGCUAGAGCCGAUCUCGGGGGCCAUGUCCUUCCCUGGCUACCCAGCCAACGGCAGACACUAUGGGCUGAAGCCCGACGCCUUCCAGGAGCAUCGAGCCGGUGACUGCCUCUCCUCCAACGGACGCACCUACACGGAUUAUCUCUACUGCACCUCCGCUGACAUUCGAGAAAAGAACCAAACGAACAUCCCUUCUCCCGAGACCGAGCUUUUGGCUUCCGGAAAGCAUAAAGACGAGAAGCCAGAAAUAGAUCCGAGUAAGUUCAAGCCCCUUGUUUUACAACCGGGAAUGGGGGGUUGUUUGGAUGAGAUUCUGUCUGUGUUAAUUGCGUUUGAUUUAAAGCUGGGCUAUAGUGUCUCUUUCCCAUAAUAUGCUCUUUCAUCCCUCUUUUCUUUCCUCGACUGAAUCUUCUCUGCUAGGGGGCUACCUUGUGGAACUAUAAAGAGACAAACGGUAGUAGGAUUGGGCUAUAAAACGACGAGCGGGUUAUAAAAUGGGACUCGAAAAACAAGUCUAAUACUAUGGACGUUGUGAAUUUAGAGGGACACUGAAUGCAACAUGCUCGCCUCUCAAGCAAAUAUGUAGCCUAUUUUAUGUGCUAAAUACUUUUUACGCAUGAAUUGGGACUCCCUGCCAACAUUUAUCAUCAUUUUAAUCUAUUUUGGUGGUCACCAUGGUUUAUGCUACUAUUUUAUGUUAUGCUAGUAUGCCACUAUCCCCAUAGGCCUACAUGAAAAAUACACUACUUUUAAUGAACUUUUAAAGAUAAUCUCAAUGGGAUAUUAUGUUGCUAUAUCAAGUAUCAAGUAUAUCCAGUAAAAGUGGAUAAACACCAAAGAGAAAACAUGAUAAAGAACUAUCAUGGCAACACACGGUGUAGCCUAUGUGUAGGCUAUAUGUUGUCUGUUGCCAUAGGCUAAAUGUUUUCCAUUUCAAGACAAAUUCAGAUAUAACGCCAAACAACUUGAGGAAUGUUAGCAACAUAUUCGAGGGACUUUCACUACCGACUUGUACAUGCUUGAAUCACAGGCCGUUUUAUGGGCCUAUAAAGUGAAUAAGCCCAUUGAGUAUUUUACGACGGCAUUGCUCAGAAGUCCAAGAAAGGGAAAAGCUGGAAGAGCAUCACUAAAUGUUGUAAAGUUAACAUAUAGGCCUACAUUUGACGUUUGAUUCCUACAGCAUUAAAUUUGCUGAUACAUUCGAGGGAUUAUUCCACCACUUUAUCUGAAGACACACUAGUUUUGUACUGGAGACCCACAGGACAAGGCUAUAGACUAGGGCCAUUGUAUUAUUGUCAUUGCUUCAAGUUUAUUGCUGACUGAUAAUGUGUUAUCUGUUUUUAUGUGUUGAUUUGCAGAUAACCCAGUGGCAAAUUGGAUUCACGCGCGUUCUACAAGGAAGAAGCGGUGCCCUUAUUCAAAAUACCAGACUCUCGAACUCGAAAAGGAGUUUUUGUUCAAUAUGUAUCUAACCAGAGACCGUCGAUACGAGGUGGCAAGAGUCCUCAACCUCACUGAGAGGCAGGUCAAAAUAUGGUUCCAGAACCGGCGGAUGAAGAUGAAGAAAAUGAACAAGGAAAAAACCGACGCAAACAAAGAACAAUAAUAAAGGAAUGGUUACAAAAACGGCAAUGGACAAAAACAAAAAUCAGACAACAGUAAAAUAACCACUAUUGCCUUGGACAACAACAAAGAUAAACCAAAAUACAUUAUGCUCCCUUCUUAAUGUUGGAUUUUGGGUUGGAUUUAGUUUUUGUAUUAACCCCACCUUCCAUGUUUGAUGCUGAAUAUUUGUUUGUUUCCUACGGGCACUUUUCUUUGUCCAGGUUUAAAAGAACCCCAUUCUAAGAAAAUAAAACAUUCUGCACUUACUUUGAAGAUACGUGUAUGAGUUUCUUUGCAUAAGGGACAUUUUAAUUAAUUAUAUUUUGGACAAAUUAAAAAUGUAGGCCCCGAAGUAGGCCUAUAAGAAAGAGAAUACUUGAAUUAUUUUAACUUCUUCACUCCAUAAUUUAUGAUGUCCAUGUGAAUGUUUCUUCCGUGUUUGUUUAUUUUCUGUGUUGUGGGUGUAGUAGCAUAUUUUGUACAGAAAGAGAACAUCUGCCGUCUUAACAAAAUGUCUGUCUUGUGUCUAUGUGGUAACGUAACCGUUUGAUGUACCUAUUUGUGCAUUUCAUAUUCAGUUGAUUGUAUAGGCACGUUUCAUUCAUUAUAGAAGUGUAGAUAUAGGCCUACUCAAAUAUAAACAUUAUCACGAGGCUCUUGUGUUUUCUCUAUUUAUUUUAAGCCAUGUCUCCAAACAAAACAAACUUAAAUAUGCAUGCAAUCUUACUACCAAUUUAGAUCCAUAUGUAGUACAGCAUAUUGCAACGUAAAGCACACAUUUGUGGCGCGUCAAAUAGCCAAUGAAUCGACAAUGAUGUCAACACAAAGGCACACAAUCCGGAUUUGUGUUAAUCAGGAGAGAAAUACCUGUAUGAAAUUCAAUAGCCCAAUUUCCCUGCACGUUGUGUGGAAUAUUGGAAGCAGAUGGAACGUUUCCUAAUCCUCGUUCUAGUAUUUGCAGGCUAAUCAGAAUAUUUAGACUAUCACUCUUUAGACUACCAAGUGCGCCGAUAAGAGGGUUAUUUUUUCUCUCUCGAAUAGGCCUAUCUAUAUAAGUACGCCAACACCUCAAUGCUGUUACUAUGAUUUAACAAAACUUUUGUUUUAUAUGGUGUUGUUUUGAUACAUAUUAUAUUUUAAUGCGUCAAUUUAAGGUUACCACAGGCCACCACAUCUAUUCACAAAUCUACCACAACUAGUUUGCAUUGCACUGCGUAAACAUCCAAGACAGCCUAUAAAUCAAAAUGUAGUAGUAAAAUGUGUUAUAGAACAAAUAGGAAACAGUCAUUACUCAUAUUUUGGAAAAUAAAUAUACAUGUAUUUCGUGAUAAAAACCGCAGCGACAACUUCAUAUCAAAAUAUGGCCAAUAAGCCUGUGUCAUCACAGGUCUAGCCAUAUGUGUCACAUGUAAUAAUUUAUUUUCCUAAGCAAAAAUACUAGCAGCUGCGUAUGAAGAUAAUAUUGUCUUUAACCUUUAACCAUGUUUGAGGCACCUUUGCGUGUGCAUGAAGCUAAGGAAGAAGUAGUUAGGCUAGCAGGAAUUCUGAACAAAUCUUGUAACAAGCGCUAUAGGCAUAGUUUAAACCAACUUCCUCAUAAGCGAAAAUAGAUCAUUAAAGAGAGAGUAAUUACAUUUACAUUUUAUACAUUUAGCAGACGCUCUUAUCCAGAGCGACUUACAGUUAGUGAGUGCAUACAUUUUUUUUUUUUCAUACAUAAUUACAAUUAAUAAAUUAUAAGAAACGUAUUUCGAUCCAUUCGUCUUAUUUGAAAGGUACCGAAAUUAAAGUUUUCUAAUGUGAAAAUAAAUUCACAUGUCUGGCAUUUGUUGCCUGGGUUCUUGGCCUAAAUUGCCCUUUUGUGGUGUUGAACAAUAUGGACAGGAUGUUGUAAUAUCAAAGCCCAAUCCAGUGUAUUUCCGCACAGGACAGAAACGCUGCUUUUACAGCCCUGUUGGAGCUCGGUUGUUUGUCUCAAAUACAGACGAACAAAGCAAACCCGACUAACUGGCUAGACGUCUGGGCUAAAUUACUUUAUGGUUUUAAUGGUGGGACGGUGGGACGGUGGUUGAUGGUGGACUCGUUCAAAGGGGACUUACUACAGCUAGUUUGUCUGUUGGGCCCACCGCAAACAAGCCUGCUGCCUUCCCCCUGGGCAGGUCUCUCUGAGCACGGGAGAGUGGGCUAUUAGACCGCAAGAAGAGAGGAAAGCCAAAAGCAGUAUAAAUGCGUGGGACUAUAUAGUCUAUUCGUUAUCUUAAGACAAUCCAUAUGGAGAGCAUGUCAAAAACUAUUCUGAGUGGGUCUACUGAAAUAGAAGCAGAUACAAAAUGUUGGAGGCCCUAUAAGGAAAUUGUUUAUUUGACAGAUCGUAAAAUACAUUUUCAACACAAAUUUGUGGUCGUAUAUUGAUUAUGUCUACUACUGCAUUUAUUUUUUCCCUCAUGUAAACACGUCGAUUUGAUGAUAGCAUGCAUGGUGCAGAUGAAUGUUGGUGAUCGAACUCAACACUAGAUGACACUGUUGACCGACUGUAUUGCUGUGUGCUGCUGUUGCCUUGCAUGGUGCAAAAAUGGGGAGUGGGCUAGACCUAUGCCUACAGGUCUACUGAUGAAAUAAAUGCAGCUUUCGUAUACGUAUAAGCCUAGUAUUUGUAGUUAACUAAAGCUGGUUUGUAUACAUGUUAAUCAAAUAGGCUUCACUGUUAGCACUGGGGCGGCAGGUAGCUUAGUGGGAAAGAGCGUUGUGCCAGUAACCGAAAGGUCGCUGGUUCUAAUCCCCCAGCCGACUAGGUGAAUUGCUCCUGUAUGUCGCUCUGGAUAAGAGCUUCAUGAAUAGGAGCUUACAUUAGCCUAAUCGAUUAGGUUGGUUCUGCAUAUUUGCACCAACAUUGAUUGGCCAAUUAACAUUUGGACAAAAAUUUGAAAACAACACAUUUUUCACGUUAAGCGCAAUUGAAAUCACUUCUUUGCCACGGUUUUUACGGCAGUGGUGUGGUCUAGCUUUUCUCUGGAGAGGCGUGGACCUUGCACCAUAAACCUUGUAUCAGCCACCAUAUACUUAAGAGAAUACCAGACAUUUCCGUAUAAAAACAAUGUAGAUCCUAAUAAUAACUAAUGAUAAUAAUAAUAAUAUACUAAUAGUUAUUGUAAUAAUACUGUUAUUAUUAGCAUUUAUAGGCCUUCAUCAGAAGCAUAGUAUUAUAGCCUAAUAGUAGCCUAUCAAAGUAAUGUUUUUGAGUCCUUUUCAGUGCUUUUGUUGUUGAAAUAGCAAUCAGCAUAUUUAUAGACUGUGACAAGUCUGUAAAUGUUCUCUGUGUGCCUUUCAUAUGUUACGAUGAUGUGUAAAAAUCGUCAGUAACACCACAAAACCAACAUGAGCGCAUUCAGGGAGAGGCCAUGCUACAACUAAGUUAUACACAACUGAAAUAAACAUUGAGCUAUUGAUAUCUCCGCUGAAAUAAUGAGACAUCUAAUGUAGUCUAAUGUAACAAUUUAUUAAUUGCACGUGGCAGAUUUACUACUUUUGCUCAUAGGUUUAACAGGGUCAGUAGAGUGAGUCGGGUAUACAGGCCUUGUUUAUAUUUGCUCAUGCCUGGGUUUCAUGGCCUUCUAUAGUUAAGUGCGCAAGGGACUGGCAAAUCGCUUAUAGUUAGUAGGCCUAUAGCUCAAGUAUGAAAACUAAGGGCUAAUGUUGAGCGAGAAAGGUUAGACAUUUAAAUAUUUUUGUGAUUUUGUUAAAGAUGCCAAUAUCAUUAUUCUAUUCCAUUAUCACAUUUGUAGUUAUAUGUGCUAGGCCUGGCCUACUCGCUAAAGUUAUAUAGGCCUUUAUGUUUUGUUACCCUGUCAUAAAUAGCAGGCAGUAUAGUGAGCCCUCAAGCAGUGCUAUUGUGUAUUUAUGGUAGGCUGAGCUAACAGCUAACAGCAUCCCUUUUAGACCAUUAUUUGAUAUAAGGAAUGGCUCUCAAACUAUAUAAUAUACACGAGGUUACAUAUGAGGACUUUAAGAACAAAGCCUUUUUUAAUGUAUUUGUUAUAUGUGUGUAGCUUUACAUGGGUGAACUGGACCAAAAACCGUCCCUGGCAUUUCUAACAAACCGGCCCAUUCUUUUCCCUUGAGCCCCACACACGUCCCAUUCUUUUCUUCCAGGCCCCCACACCGGCCCAUUAUUUUCGUUGAGGCCCCCAUUAUUAGCCAGAUAAUAAUAAUUUUGCGCAAAAAACCUAAGUUAUACAGGCCCACUGGGCUAAAAACGGACCAGCACGCUCCAGUAGCACUAUGUAUCAUAGUAAUUUGGCCACAAAGAUAAUUUGAGAGUUGAUCAUUUUCACAUGGUGAUCAUAUGCAUCAUAUUGAGCUCCUUUUUCUUGUUGUAAUAGAAUGGUUAGUGCAGGUUGUCUAUCAUGGUGGGGGGGGGGGGGGGGGGGGGGGGGGGGGGGGUUGUUGAGAGGGAGGAUUAUGGUGGGGGUGGUUGGGUGGGAAGCUAAAAAAAAAAAAGAAGGAAAAAAAAGAGAGAAGCGCUUGUGACUGUGUCGGCGGAGCAAGCCAGCUAUAACCUUAACACAUUUCCAAAGCACACGCCAUGAGCCGGAUUUGAGGCUGAAAAAAGGAAACUACUGGAGAUAGUGAGAAAGACUCGAUGAGAAGAGUGUUGGAGCGCGAGAGAGCUGCCUGAGACUGUCUGUCCAAACGGGCAGCGUUUCUUCAUCUAGUUCCGGUUUGUCUGUCUGCUCUGUGUGCGACUGGGAACCUAAACCAAAGGCUGCCACAAUCCAAAACGGGGAUAUUCUACAACUAAGAAACCUUGUCUUGUUUAAUGCAAACUAAACAAUGAGCUCAUAUUUUGUUAACCCUCUUUUCUCCAAAUUCAAAGGCGGCGAAUCACUGGAGCCAACUUACUACGACUGCAGAUUCCCACAAAGCGUUGCCCGUAGCCACACGCUGGUCUACGGACCCGGGGCAGCUGCAUCGGGCUUUCAGCACCCUUCCCAUCAUGUCCAGGACUUUUUUCACCAUGGGACCACGGGGAUCUCCAAUCCUGGAUACCAACAGAACCCCUGCGCGCUGGCUUGCAAUGGAGACGCAACGAAAUUUUAUGGCUAUGAAGCUCUUCCGAGGCAACCGCUUUAUGGUACCCAGCAAGAGGCAAGCCUCGCGCAAUACCCAGACUCUAAAUCCUCUAACGGCUCUAACCCCGGAGAAGGACAAGGCCACUUAAAUCAGAACUCGUCUCCCAGUAUUAUGUUUCCUUGGAUGAGACCCCACGGUUAGAAUUAUUUUGUGUACUUUCUUUCCCAUAUGUGCGAGUAACUAUGUGUGUUUGUGCUCUGUGUGUGUUUGUGUGUGUGCUUGUGCGUGUGCCUGCGUGUGUAAAACCAAAAUAAAUAAUAAGGAAUUGAGAAUGUAGCCCUUUAUUUAUUGCGUUUUAGUGCAGCAGAAUAUACAGGUCUAUUGAUUACAUAGCUCUCGCGAGUAUACACUAUAAACAUUAGUUAUGUAAUCUCAUAUCUUAUAUAAGGUAGUCUAUAAUAUUAACAAUAAUAACCUUCUAACAAACAAAUUAGGUAAUAAUAAUGUAAUAAUAACCACACAAAAAAACAUGUUGGCUAACUUGACAGAGGUAUUGGUGAUAAAGAUAGUGUUUUGCUGGAGAAUAUCUGUAAUGACAAAAAAGACAGAAAUCCAGUUUAAAAAACGGUUAUUUGAAGAACCUGAAGUACGACUUGUCCACAUCCCCUGCUGUCCUAAAUGAAAUAGAAUCCUACUAAAUGAAGUGCCCAAAUUGUUACAGUAACAAUAAACGAUUUGUAAUGCAAAUAUCCUACUUUGCUUCUAUAACGUCACUAUUCUACAUGCUAUUCAUCCCUUCACAUGUCCUUGCCAUAAAGCAAGCUAAUAAGAUGAUGUAGGGUGUGAUAGAAUUGAUAAUUAAACACAACAUGGACUAUCGUUUCAAAUGUUUUUAGUGUUAUCUUAGAAAAAUGUUUUAGGCCUAAAGAUACUUCCUCCACAAUCUGCAGAAGAAUGUGUAUCUAUUGUGUGUGUGUGUGUGUGUGUGUGUGAGUGUGUGUGUGUGUGUGUGUGUGUGUGUAAGAGAGAGAGUGUGUGUGGUUGUGUGUGUGUGUGUGUGUGUGUGUGUGUGUGUGUGUGUGUGUGUGUGUGUGUGUGUGUGUGUGUGUGUGUGUGUGUGUGUGUGUGUGUGUGUGUAUGUGUGUAUGUGUGUGUGUGUAGUGCAGUUACCAGUUACAUAAUUGAAAAAGUAAAUGUUAGGUUGUACUUUCAAUGGAACAUAGCUCAAAGCUAGACGGACUCCAAAGACAAAUCAUCAUAUUGUUUCAUGGCCCCUUUUUCCUACUAAAGAAAUUAUAUUUAAUUUAUACUACAAAAGAGUAGACAUAUGGGAAUGUAUUAGAUUUAGAUUAAAAUAUUAAUGCCACCAUCAAAUUAACUCAGGAAAGUCCAGUCUGUGCCUUUCAUUAUGAUGAUCAAAUUACUAUAGUCCUAGUAGUAAUAUGUUAAAGACAAUAUCUAAGACAUAUAAGCUAACCUUAUUUACUAUUUCAUUUAAGCACCAGGGAGGCGGAAUGGAAGGCAAACCUACAGUCGUUACCAAACACUUGAACUGGAGAAGGAGUUUCUCUUCAACCCUUACCUUACACGCAAGCGGCGGAUCGAGGUGUCCCAUGCCCUGAGUCUCACGGAGAGGCAGGUCAAGAUAUGGUUUCAAAAUCGGCGAAUGAAGUGGAAAAAAGAAAACAACAAAGACAAGUUUCCCGGUCAAAGAGGAGAGGCGGAUGCCGAGGCUGAGGCUGAGGCCGAGGAGGAGGGCAACGAGGACGGUGAAGGGGAAGAGGGGGAAGAGAAAGAAGCGGAAGAGGGGGAAGAGAAAGAGGAGACCAAGGAGUGA